GUGCUGGAGUGCUGGCUUGGUGGGGACAGGGUCUUGGUGCCGAGAAGCAGAGACACUUUCCUGGUGCUCGUGGAAGAUGGGACACUGCCCACAGGACUCACAGCAAAGGGAAACCUUGUGCCCAGACGGAUUGUGUGUAAGAGAAAGGCGGAGUUGUGUGCUGAAAAACAAACCAAGUCUGUUCUUGGGAAGCCUGGGGCAGUGCUUUCCAGAGACCCUGCCCGAGGCUUAAAUGUAUCUGGCUGCUGAAAAAGCGCGGGUGAGAGGCAGGUAAUGAGCAGGAGCCGCCGCUGGAGGCCAGGGAGGCCCAGUCCCGACUCCGGAGUUUUUCGAUGCCUUCUGCUCUGAAGCAUCUCCAGCUGCUCCGAUGGUAGCCUAAGAAGACUGCAUGCUGCUCCCUCUCAAUGCCAGGCCAGGCCCACUCGGUCCCUCGGAGCUCAGUCCUUCAUGGAGACCAGGUCUCAGCAGGAAUGGCAGUGGAGGCAAUUGGCAUCCAGAUGGCUCCUCCCCGUGACAUUGUCUCAGGCUAUGGGCCGCCUGGACAACACCUGGUAACUGGGCUCGCUCUCUCUCAGUCACCCAGGGGAGGGUAGCAUGGUGCGGAUUCAGAGGAGGAAGCUUUUGGCACCUUGCCUGUGCAUCACGGCUACCAUCUUCCUGCUCGUCACACUCCAGGUAGUGGUUGAGCUGGGAAAAUUUGAAAGGAAGAAGCUUAAAAAUUCCAAUUUGCGAGAUGGGCACGCAAGAAUGGGGGAGGAGCCUACACACCUCUACUCAUUCCCUAAGAAAGAGGCUCUGACCCUGCACAGGAAGAAAACCUUGGAAACCGAUAGCUACCCCAUCAUGCUCUGGUGGUCCCCGCUGACUGGGGAGGCUGGAAGGCUGGGCCAGUGUGGGGCAGAUGUGUGUUUCUUCACCAUCAACCGCACCUACCUGCACCAUCCCAUGACCAAAGCAUUCCUCUUCUACGGUACUGACUUUAACAUAGACAGCUUACCCCUGCCUCGGAAAGCCCAUCAUGACUGGGCCCUUUUUCAUGAAGAAUCUCCGAAAAACAAUUAUAAGCUCUUUCAUCAGCCCGUCAUCACUUUGUUCAACUACACUGCCACAUUCAGCCGGCAUUCCCACUUGCCCCUAACUACCCAAUACUUGGAGGGCAUAGAAGUCCUGAAGUCACACCGAUACCUGGUCCCUUUGCAGUCCAAAAACAACCUUCGAAAGAGACUCGCUCCGCUGGUGUAUGUACAGUCAGACUGUGACCCUCCAUCAGACAGGGACAGCUAUGUUCGGGAGCUGAUGACUUACAUUGAGGUCGACUCCUAUGGGGAGUGUUUACAUAACAAAGAUCUCCCUCAGCAGCUGAAAAACCCAGCCUCCAUGGAGGCCGAUGGCUUUUAUAGGAUCAUUGCACAGUACAAGUUCAUCCUUGCUUUUGAGAAUGCAGUGUGUGAUGACUACAUCACGGAGAAGUUCUGGAGACCCCUGAAACUGGGGGUAGUCCCUGUGUACUAUGGAUCCCCCAGCAUCACGGACUGGCUUCCUAGUAACAGAAGUGCUAUUCUCGUAUCGGAAUUCUCCCACCCCAGAGAACUGGCGGGUUACAUCAGACGACUGGACCGUGAUGACCGACUGUACGAGGUCUACACGGAAUGGAAGCUGAAGGGUGAGAUCUCUAACCAGCGACUUGUCACAGCUCUCAGGGAACGGACAUGGGGAGUGCAAGACGUCAAUCAAGACAACUACAUCGAUGCAUUUGAGUGUAUGGUGUGCAACAAGGUGUGGGACAAUAUUAGGCGUCAGGAAAAGGGCUUACCACCCAAAAGAUGGAAGGCGGAAGUCACCCACCUGAGCUGCCCGGAGCCUGCGGUGUUUGCAUUCUCACCCAUGGCUCCACGUUGGAGCUCCUUGCGAGAGAUGUGGAUCCCCAGCUUCGAACAGUCCAAGAAAGAAGCCCAGGCACUGAGGUGGCUGGUGGACAGGAAUCAGAACUUUUCAGCUCAAGACUUCUGGGGCCUAGUGUUCAAGGACUGAUUUCGAAAAGUUCCAGAAUGAUAUAGACUGCAGAGUUCUUGAAGUUUGUUUGCUAGGUUGCCUUAAUAUUUUAGUGUAAUAGCUACUCUGUUGACUGUCCUUUAGGAUGAGAGUCGCUGCAGUACUCAGUAUGAGCCCUGUGAAAUAAUAGAUGUGAAGGACCUGCAGGGGUCACCUCUAUAUUUUUUUGUAUGGGAAAGGUAAAUACAGAAGUCCUCCCUUAUCUGUAGUUUUGCUUUUCAUGGUUUAAGUUACCCACGGUCAGCACAGUCCAAAAGAUUAACUGGAAAACCCAGAAAUAAACAGUUUGUAAGUUUUAA